CUACCUUGGACUUCCUCCUUCUAUAUAAAGCUCGAGAUCGAGAGAGAGCGUGACACGAACGGAAAGGGUAUUUUUUAUAGAGCAAUCUAGGAAUGGCGGAGAGUUCGAACUCGUUGGAAUCGAUCAAGAAAUGGGUCGUCGACCACAAGCUUCGCGCCGUCGGGUGCCUUUGGCUCAGCGGGAUAGGUGGCUCCAUCGCGUACAACUGGUCCCGACCUAACAUGAAACUCAGCGUCAAGAUCAUCCAUGCCAGGUUACAUGCUCAGGCUUUGACACUUGCUGCCUUGACUGGUGCUGCAAUGGUCGAGUAUUAUAAUCAGCAGGAAUCAGGAGCAAAGGCAGUCAAGUAUCAGAAUCAAUUCUUGGUACAUCCGCACAAAGAAUAAGGAACCUGAUUACAGAAUUCGUGCCCUGCCUUCUGCUCUGGCUUUCCCCCAUUCAAUUGGUGAUAAAAAGGAACGGCAUAUGUUUCUAGAGCUGAUAAUCUACUACAAAAUCUACUUUUUUUUUUCUUUUCCUUUUGCAUUUAAUCUUGAAUACAUGAAUCAUUAAUGCAAAAUAAGAACGUAUAGUAUUGAUUCACUCCUAUGUAUGUAUAGAAUGAGUUUAAAUGAAAUGAGGAUGUCUAUCAGAAUGGAUUGCUUGUA